CCGGUGUGAAGACUGGAAACGGUCACAUUGAGAAUGGGAGCCCUGUGUUAUGUUUGUUUCAAGAUGGUGGAGGAAGGUGACACGGAAGUCAUCUUUGAAGAUAGCUGAAAAUGGUUGAAUUAUAUCAGACAUUUAGCUUCAAAGAGCAUGUCCUACCCCAGAUCGUAACCUAUAGAGACCAGUAUUCUAAUGAACCUGCAGAAUCUAACAAUGACUUAGAUGCAGUUUGGCAGCAGCUGGAAGCUUGUAUUGUUGGGCAGGAGAAAGAUGGGACUUUACUUGUCACUUGGUCUGAUAAGUGCCCAGGGCACAUGGGAGGAUUCUAUGUCUCUUAUGUUGCAACUUACACACCAUCCAAGCAGCAUCUUAAGAUGAUCUUUAUGCAUGACAAGAAAGUCAAUAUCAUUGGGGCAUCUAUUAACCAAGAAGGAACAUUGUUAGCAUUUACCACAACAGACCCAUAUUUUGGAGCUAUGGAUGAGCCAGAUCGUCCUACCCAUCAAGUGAUUUACAAAUCAUUUCUGGCUGAAAUACAUCCAAAGAAUAGGAUAUUCUCUCUUAAUACUGAGAGAAACACCUAUCAGCGAGUCCAGUUUCUUUAUGGAGAGUACCAAGGAUAUGGAAGCUUCUCAAAGAAGGAGUCCCACAUGCUUUUUUUACAUCACAAAGAAGCUAUUGGUUUAUAUCACAUACCCUUGGCAACAGUUGAAGAACGUGGAAUGAUAAUGAGCAGCCAACCUAGAACAGAACGUAUUUGUGAUGCAUUUUUGUGGGCACAGUGGGAUAAUAUCGACCAGCGCCUCUACUGUGUUUACAACAAGGUACAAGAUCAUUCUUCUAUAAAGGGAGACAGGAGUAAUCCAGAACUUAUGUUUUCAGCAUUCCAGCUCAGUGCAAAGGCUUCUCAUGUAAAAGUGCUCAACAUGCCAUUACCUUUUUCCAUCAGUCAAGAUGACAUAACCUUAAGUAUUCCUCUGUACCACAAUCUAUCCAUGAUGGAAACAGUCUCAGAAAAGCACUUCAACAUGCAUGUGGUCACUUCUCAAGGCUCAUUGUACAUUUGCUUACAACAUCCAACCAAGAAAGACGAAGAGGAAGGGCCAAAUGCUGGCUGCACAAGGGGAUCGCCUGCAAGCGAUACAGAUUUGACUGAUCUGGAGUACUCGGUGUACUUGCUACAUCACGAUUGCGUCUUGCACUGCGUCAUGCGAUCCGUCGUUCCGCAGGAAAUUGUCCAUGACUGCACUCUUUUCUUUUCUAUUUUUAACGACUUCCUGAUGGUGCUGUUGCCUGGCUACGCCCUGCAUCUGCUGAACGGAAACGCCGAACAUGAACCAUGUCACCACGUGAUCUUACAAGAUGAGGCUAUCCCAAGAUUCUCAGUGAAGGGAUCACGUGACCCAGCACCUCUUCUCCUUUACCUUCACAAGGAGCAGAGCACAUCUGUCCAUACCGCACCGAAUAUUCUCGACAGCAGGACGGGGAAUGGAUAUGAAUGUAAAACCAACAAAAAGGCUCUUAUUGGCAUAUUUUCAGUAACCCAUCUUCCCUCAACACGUCUUGCUCUUUUGCAUAUGGCGAUUGUUCAUCUCAGAGACACAUCUAUGGUGAAAAAGAUGAUUGGUCACUUGUGUUAUGAUCCAGCCAGCCCAGAAUGUGCAGAGCUUCUAAAAGAAUACUUAAUCGGGUCCACUUACGGUCUGUUAAAGCGACAGCUGGAUCGAGGUGUUCUGAAGCUGUUGCCAUUCACCUGUGUCGAUACCUUCAGAGGUCAUCUAGAGGAGAGUCUUGAUAAACGAAGAAUUGCCACGAUUUUCUGUACAUUAUGUCGAGAUACGCCAACCGACUUCAGGAUUCCAAAGACGGAUAAGAAAAAAGAUAACAGUUUUUGGUUACUGUUAAAGACAAGCAAGGGAAAUGCUCACAAAACAAGCGUAAGGUUCUCGCUCAGAACUCUUCCAUCAGUUGCUAUCGAGGACAGCGAUGACGAAAUGGAGGUAGUGGCGCAUCAGCAAAUGGGAGCCGUGAGAACGCUCUUAAGGAGACUCUCUAUAAGGGCGUAUCCAAGCAACGAGUCUGUGAACUCUCAAGGUAGCACAAAAAGUGCAGAGUUCCUUGAGCCAAAUGAAGAGGAGGGAACAAAACUUGAGAAAAAGAAAAAACAAAUGGUUAUCGAGAAGCUCGCUGCUCAUCUCCAGGCCCACUCACCUCGUGAGAGUCGCAUCAAAACAGAGAAUAUCGCGGCUGAGUACGUCAAGUGUCAGGGCCAGCAGUCCGAGGCACUGCUUCGCAUCUUCUGGUCUGGACUCGGCUUUACCCCUGACACUAAUCCAUCUACUGCGCUACUAUCCUCUCGUGCCAACACGAGAGAAGUGGCAUUUUUCCACAUGGUUGAACGAUUUUUCACUAGCGUCUCAGAUGUCAGUUUUCCAUUUCCACCAGGUUUUCAGACGUUUUUCGCAACCUUAGCGUUCCGUUCGCUGGAUCCAAGGACGUUUCUUCGGUACAUUGACAAUGAUGUGCUGCAGCCCACAGAUCACUUUGUGUGUCGUCUUAUCCAAGAUUGCGGAGGUAGAGACGGCAACUCGGAAUUGGUCUUCCAGGUCAUCACACGCUUGAAGCACGAAAAAGCCAAGAAAGCUAUGGUGAAGUGGGAUCACCCAAUGUGCUUGAGGUAUAUGUCCCAACACCUGGUCGAGGACCUACUAGCGCAAGACGUACCAGGCGAGCGAGAACCAUUAUCAUCGUUGUUUGUGCCGCCAAAAGAUGGUGCAUUAGGAGCCUCAACGACGCCCUCCACUAUUUCCAGCGCUGGUUCCUCAAUGGAUGGUAAUGCAAACGAGUUCCCUCCCCUCGCAACACUCAUGUCCGCCCUCAGAUCACGAGAAGCUCACUUCAGUCGCCAUGCGCCUCCAAGCGUGAUCGACCUCGACAUGGUUGAAGACUCUGCCCUUGUGGAAACCAACCAACAGAUCGAUGGCAGGCUGGGGAGUGUACCGUUUUGAAUGACAGUAGGCGGAGCCACCUCGCCCGAUGACUGCCCUUUUAUUGACUGCGACAUGGUGCCUCACCAAGUUGCCCCCCCCCCAAAAAAAAAUAUAUAUAUAUAUAUAAAGAUAUAGAUAUAUAUUUUUUAGUUUUCAAGUUUUUGCAAGCUACAUAAAUUCGCUCAAAAAUCCAUUAAACGCCCAUAUCAAAAUGCAUCGCCUUCGACAAAAAUAAAUAUAUUUUUUUUUAUUAGAAGUAGGGAAUUGCAAUAAUCUUAGGCUACACAUGUUUUGUAUAAAAAUGUUUUGUAUGAAAUGUAAAAUGAAAUGAAAUUAAAGAUUUUUAAUCACA